AUGGUAGUGGUCAUCUCGCCACUACAAGCUCUUGUAGCAGACCAGGUACGCCGGUAUAACAUCAAAACAGGCUACAGAGCAGUGAGUCUUAGCGGCAGCGAUGCCAUUGCAGCAUUCCGUGAGAACCCUGACCCUGGCACAAGAUUAGUUUUCAUGGCACCUGAGGAUGCAACCUCCACAGCAGGAAGGCAGUUCAUUGCCAACACCCCCAUCAAACUUGGAUUGGUUGCCAUAGAUGAGGCUCAUUGUAUCCCUGAAUGGGGGGAAGACUUCAGGAGGGCUUUCAGGAUGAUUGGGACGUUGCGGGCAGUCAUACCAGAUGUGCCAUUUAUGGCACUCACAGCGACCGCAACAGAAGCUGUGAGGUCAGCUGUGCAGACCGAGCUGCACCUGACUGGUGAAGUGGUGAUGGGCGACCUUAACAGGGAGAACAUCACCAUUUCCAGGAUACAAUCAACAUCAAUGACGUCCGACUUCCAACCACUUGUGGAAGACUUACAGGCCUCAGGGAGGGACACAAAGAAACACCUGAUUUACCUCCCCACCAAACAGAAGUGUAUGGCCAUGUUCGAAUUACUUCAGGAUGCUGUUCAAGGUCGUGGCCUGGUGGAGGUGUUCCAUGCAGACCUGUCCCCAGCCAAGAAGAAAAAAGUCCUGGAAGGAUUGCAGGCUGGGGAUGUAAGAGUAGUCAUCGCCACAGUAGCAUUCGGCAUGGGCAUCGACAUUCCUGAUGUUUCCUGUGUCAUCUCAUAUGGAGCACCAGCAUCAGUAAGCCAACUAUACCAGCAAAUGGGACGUGCUGGAAGAAGUUCUGAGGUGGAGGCUGCGUACCUUGUGUACCACACCACAAAAGAACACGAGAAGGCGAAACCAGAAGUGGCGUCAAUACUGACUGAGGAGGGCUGUCUCCGUAAGGCACUGCUGAAACACCUUGGGCAAAGUGACAUGCCACAGCAGGACCAGUGCUGUAGUAACUGCGGAGGCCUGACCCAAGAUGCAAGCUGUCUACUCUCUGAGCGACUACCACCAGCUCCUAAAGCAAGAAAGAAGCCUAGACCACACAGGGAAAAAACAGACAAUGGUGGACAGUUAAAGCAAAAGCUACAACAACUGCGUGACCAGGAGUUCAAUCUGCAGCCUCAGUUUUGUUUUUUUGGACCCUGUGCAGUUAUGACAGAUGAAACUAUAGACAGACUGCUGAAAUACUGUCACAGGCUCCACACCAAGGAAGAUGUGAAGUCUGUCAAGGGGGUCUCAAGUACCAUGGUGGACAGCAUCUUGGCUGCAAUCGAUGAAUUCUUCCCUGAAAAGAGUAACCAGAGAAACCCACCAAGGAGACAGGGAAACCCACCAAGGAGACAGGGAAACCCACCAAGGAGACAGGGAAACCCACCAAGGAGACAGGGAAACCCACCAAGGAGAGAGAGAAUCCCACCAGUAAGAACAACCCAGGGAAACCCACCAGAAACCUUGAGAAGGAGCAAAAGACAGCAGAGAAACCCACUACAGGAGAUUACAAAUCAUGUCUAG